CCGACGCCCAUGUCUCUCCUCAAUCUCUCGCCAGAGCUCGUUGUUCAUAUACUCUCUUAUCUCCACUACACCGACCUUCAUGCUUGUAAGCGAGUCAACGUUGCCCUCAACCGGCUCAUCCAGGGCAGCGUGCUCCUGCAGUACUCGAUGCAGCUUCAGCUCUCGGGUUACGAGGACAAUCCCAGCUCAACCAUGGUCAUCUUGGAUAAGCUGAAGCUCUUGAAGCAGCAAGAGUCUGCGUGGUCGCGUCUUGACUUUCAGACGCAAACGUCUGUGCGCAUACCGUUCAACCCGUCGAGCAUCUAUGAUCUUACGGAUGGUGUUCUCCUCCUGGGCGAGUCCGUCUCCGGCAUUCAGUCUGGUGCGGACAAGAUUCGGUGGACACGACUCUCUGAUCUAGUUGCUGUGGACGCACGUCGUGAACAUUGGGAAAAGAUCGACGUCGGAGCCCACAUCAUCGAUGUAGGGCUCGCCGUUCAGGAGCAUGACCUCAUCGUGGUCGCCACCGAUCGAGAAACGGAUGAUCACCAGACUGUCUUCGAGCUACGCUUGAUACAGCUAUCUACCGGUCUCAGUCACCCACUCGCCUCCUCACCACUGCUGACCCUAGCAACAAUACCUUCGCCUCCUGAACAAGUGGCCGGUCAAUGCAGUGUAUGCAUUGAGAUUAUCGGUGAUCUGCUAUGCUUCAUGUUUCACUAUCCAUCUGGAUCCACGACCCCUCCUGCUAUGUUCGAAGUAUACAAUUGGAAGACUGGGCAAUGCUUGCAGCUACGUGGGAUCGAUUGUCCGAGCUAUUCCACGUUCACGUUCCUGGCCCCCGAUAUCAUAGCGCUACCAAAUUGCACAGACAACGCUAUCGAACUAUGUCGCAUAGGCGCUCGACCCGGGAAAGACGGCAAACCGCUGGAGCUCCAGACUUCCUGCAUUCUCCAGCUUCCCCGGCUUGGGACGGGGCACUCGAUCGCUCAGGUCACUUGUCGGUCAGAACCGAAGAUGACGAAUGCGACACGGAACGCGCGACCGUUUCGCUCCAAAGAGCCAUUCCAUCUAAAUCCCAAGAACGCGAUAGUCAUCUUCAACGUCAUGACGCAUGACAGCCAUGGCUUCCACGAGUGCCUCACGCUGAUUGUACACACGGCUUCCCUUCUCUCCGCUCUCUCCGCCAAGAAACCUCCCACAAUCUCAAUAUCUGUAGACGGAAUCCCUAUCGCCGGGUUGAGCGAUUUGCCGUCGGACGACCCAACUCCUCGCAUCCCCUGGGCGCAAUGGGGCCCCCGCUCCUGUCGGUGGCUGGAAACGUCGUUCGGCGCGAGCCGUUGGAUAACGACAACGUGUGGGCAACGUUACGUUACGGUGGAAGAAGACCCCAUCGAGGAUGACUCAACGCGCUCAACGAUCGUCGUGUACGACUUCAACCCACACACCGUCCGCCGUCUCGCGGCCGCGCACCGCAAGAAACGGCGGCGGCUUCGCGGGUACUGGGACGUCUCACUGCCCGAGGGCGAGCUCGCGGUGGGCAGCGUGGAGGGUGUGGCAACGUUUGCACGCCUCGAGGACGCGGUGCUCAUCCCGUUCACGGACCCGAAGACGAGGGUCAUUGGGCAGAUUCAGUGCGAGCCGACGGAGCUCAUGGCGGGGUACGCGACGGAGUAUAGAAUAUUCGACGAAACUGUGCGGACGAGCUUGCCUUUUGCGCAGCUGAGUUCGUUUGAGACGUUCGCUUAUGGCGCCGUAUUGUUGGACAGGAAUAUGAUCAUUGGAGUGAAGCUGAAUGACUCCGACGACAUCAAAGAAUUGGUAAUCCAUUCCAUUGGGUCGGGUCGCGCAGGAUAG